CUACAUGCUCAUAACUACUAAAUACAACCUGAAUAUCUCGUCAGCAGCCAGACUCAUCGGCUUCCCUCCUGCAGGUCAAGUCAUAUGUGUGAGCUUCUGGUACCACAUAUUUGGCAACAGCAUUGGUUCAUUGAGGUUUAUUACAAAGCAUUCUGGUGAUGCAGAGACGGUUGUAUGGAUGAGAACUGGCACCCAGGGAAACAAAUGGAGAUUUGCAGAUCUUACCAUCCCCAUUGAAGAACCAACACAGUUUAUUAUAGAAGCUGUGGUGGGUGGUACGCAAGGCAGCAUAGCAAUUGAUAACAUAAUGGUGUCCAGCAGUGAGGCUGGCUCUUGUCCGGCUGAGAGAGAGUGCACCUUCCAGGGCUCCCUCUGUGGUCUGCUGCCCCAACCAUUUGCAAACUUCACCUGGAGCCGGAUCACAGGGACGUCCCAACCAGCCAACUCUUCAGGCCCAGCCACAGAUCACACUUUGGGGACAGAGCAAGGUUAUUACCUCAGUGCCCAGUUGUGGAGUCACCCUGUUGGGUCCAAAGGCGCAGUGAUGACUGCAGUGAUGGAGCCCACCGCUCCUGAAGGGGAAUGCCUGAUGUUCUGGUACUACAUGGAGGGAAAUGGAGUGGGGGAUCUCACUGUUUCCCUUCAAACCCCUGACGACAACAACGGUGGCCAGCUCUGGACCAGAAGUGGAGAUCAGGGGAAACACUGGAGGCACGGAAGAGUGACGCUUCUCAAUCCCAGUACACCGUAUCAGGUGAUUUUUGAGGCGGUCGUUGGGCAUGGACCGAGGAGAGAUAUCGCCAUCGACGAUCUCACUAUCCUGAAUGGCGCCUGUCCCCCGUCAGGUUUUUGUGACUUUGAAAUGGACUUCUGUGGUUGGGUGAACAAUCCUCCAGCAGAGUCCGGAGUGGACUGGGACUGGCUCUCGGGUGGCAGUUAUGGUCAGCUUAUUCCAAAAAGGGACCACUCCACAAAUUCUGCUUUGGGCCACUUUGCAUUCUUCACACCCUCAAAAUCUAAUAGAGAAGAAAUUGCCCAACUGGAGAGUGAGACAAUGGAGGGGGUAGACCGAGCUUGCCUGGAGAUCUGGCACUACGCCAGCGGGUGGUUAGCUGAUAAACCCUCAUUCAUUACACUGACAGUGUUUGUGAAUGAGACUGCUGGACUGCAUCCUGUGUGGAAUACAAGUGGAUAUAUGAAUAACACGUGGAUCCAAGACAGGGUGGAUUACAAUGCAUCAGGGCGUCACCAGAUUAUUUUACAAGCCAGUUGUCCUGCCUCAAUGGACGGAAGCUUUGCCCUGGACGACGUCCACAUCAUCAGGGGCAGGUUUUGUGAUGACGUUAUCCCAACCACCACUCCGAACCCUGCCACCACGACUACCACUGCUCCUGCCUCCGCCAUAGACUGCACUUUUGAGCAAGGUCUAUGCAGUUGGGUCCAGGAUGUCAGUGGUGAUUUGAACUGGACUCUCAGUAAUGGACUUCAAGUGGACCAGCCAUGGGCUGGACCUCAGUAUGAUCAUACUGUUGAAAAUAACCAAGGCUUCUAUUUACUGUUGAAUGGAUCUGGAUCUAAGGAUGGGGAGAGAGCAGCCAUCUCUGUUCCUGUCAUCAAUCUUACAUCACAAAUCUGUGUUGGAUUCUGGUACUUCAUGCUCGGGCCUUCAGUGUCCACCCUUGACCUGAUGGUUAAGACAAAUUCAUCUGAGCUGUUAGUCUGGACUCGCCAAGGGACCCAGAAUCCAGAGUGGAUUAAUGCACAAGUAACCAUCAACAUGACCAACACAACACAGAUCAUGUUCACUGGCCAUAGAAACACCAACAGUAAAGGAUUCAUUGCCAUUGAUGACAUUACAGUGAGGGAGGGGGCCUGCAGUAAUCAGAAUCCGUGUGGGUUUGAUUCCAGCUGGUGCGGCUUUGAGAAUGCUCUCAAUCAUAAGGGUCACUGGGGUCGCAAAAGAGGCACAACAUAUCAGGUGGAUCACACUUAUGGAACUGAAAAUGGCUUCUACAUGACUGUAAUGAUAUCAAACUCUACACAGACUGAAGAAGCUCAGCUGCUCACACCUGAGUUCACCUCAGCCACAGAGAUAUGUGUGCGCUUCUGGUACUGGAUACCUGCUGGGUCUUCUAACAGCCUUGCCGUGCAUGUGCUGCGGAGCGGAGAGCCGAGUGAUGCGCUUUGGCAGCGAUCUGGAGCACCCUCUUCAGGCUGGGAGGUGUCUGAGGUCACUGUGUCCUCCCCGGCAAACUACCACGUCAUGUUUAAGGCCUUCCAUGUGCAAGGCACCAACUCUACAGUGAGGUUAGAUGAUAUUUCUGUAAGGGAUGGGGCUUGCAGUCCUCCAGGCAGUUGUGACUUUGAGUCCGGACAGUGCACCUGGGUCAACAUCCCCAAAGAAGAUGGACAUGACUGGGUGUUGGCCCGUGGAGGCUUCCAUGGUCCACCGACAGACCACACCACUCAGACCCCAGAGGGUUGGUUCUUGGUGAGCUCAUCACUGCACCAAAACCACAGCAGUGUAGCACAGGUGUUGUCAGAAUGGAUCCAACUGAGAGACACCACCUCCUGUCUUACCUUAUGGUACCAUAUGGACAGCAGUGACUCAGGGACGUUAAAGGUGCACAUGCAUUCAGGGCCAUCGGAGGAGGAUCUGAUGUUCAACAGUAACAGCAGUGGACGCGGUUGGACCAGGUUCUCUAAGUCUGUAGAGAAGGGCAAACCUUUCCAGCUGCUGAUCGAAGCAGAGACUAACAACAGAGGAUUUAUUGCCAUUGAUGACAUCAGUGUCACACCAGGCCUUUGUCAAGUAAAUGAAACAAGUUUGGGAUUUGUGGGUUGCUCAUUUGAAAAUGGCACAUGUGGCUGGGAGGACAUCAGCGUUGGUCAGUGUGAGUGGAUGAGAGGAAGGAAUGCUACGGGGAACACUGGACCCUCUGUGGACCACACGGUGGGCACUGAACUGGGUUGGUACAUCACAGUAAUGCCUGACCGAGGAGAUCAAAUUAGCCCUGCUGCCGUGCAGAGUCCCACCAUGAAACAGGCCAGCUCCACCUGCACACUACACUUCUACUACAACAUGUAUGGAGAGGACGUAGAGAAGCUGAAUGUGCUGCUAAAGGAGGGCUCCAGAACCACCUCACUGUGGUGGCUAACUGGUAACCAUAGAGAUGUGUGGCAUCACGGUGAGGUAACGGUUGGUCGAAUCCCUCAGGACUUCACCAUCCUGUUUGAAGCCUUCAGGACCUUUAACAGGCCUGGACACGUUGCCGUUGAUGACAUAGAUUUUACCAACUGCACCCUGCCUGAGCCCCAGCCUGUGUGUCCAGAGAAUAUGUUCAUGUGCAACAACAGUGUGUGUGUGGAGCACAACCAAGUGUGUGACUUCAGCGAUGACUGUGGGGACUGGUCUGAUGAGAACAACUGUGAUCAACAAGGUGUUGUGGAGCGUUGCAGCUUUGAACAAGGCCUGUGUUUCUGGGCGCAAAGUGAUGUGGACACACCUGGAGCUGAGUGGACGCAACACAAAGGACAGGAAGACUGGCCCAAAGAUAGGCCUCCCAGGGAUCACACACAAAACUCUGCUGCAGGUCACUAUGUCAUACCUGGGACUCACCUGACUGCGAAUGGUCAGUCAUCAGAGAUUCUCUCCAAAACUUUGCUACCCAGCUCCCACUGCACUGUGAGAUUUUUCUUCUUCAGCCUGGAUGAUGCUACAGCCAGACUGACAGCCCAGUCCAGGACGCUACAGUCUGGUAGUGACGAUGCUGUGUUAUGGCUCACGGAAAACUCACAGAGCUACAGCUGGCAGAGAGCAGAGUUCACCUUCUCCUCCUCACACAAUAGCCAGAUUGUCUUCAGAUAUGAGCGAGGUGAUGGUCAGAGAGGGCUGGUUGCGCUGGACGACAUCUCUUUCUCCAAAGAGUGUGUAUUUGACCCUGAGAACACCAAACUGCCUAACACAUCAACCACCUCUGCCCCAUCUACAUCCUCUAACACACCCACUUCCCCAGCCUCAAGCUCAACUGCACCAACCCACCCCUGUCAGGAUAAUGAGUUUUUCUGUUGGCGGUCAGCUGGAAAAGUGUGUAUUCUGGCUACUUUACAGUGUGAUUAUCAUCCAGACUGCCCACAGGGGGAGGACGAGGAUGGCUGUGGCCGGUGCACAUUUGAGAGUAACCAGUGCCAAUGGGCUGACACCAGUGAUGGACAGAGUAGGUGGCAGAGACAGAAAGCCAGUAACAACACUGAGCCGCCAACUGAUCACACUACAGACACAGGCUACUUUAUGAGAGUGAAAUUCAGUCAGGGGUCCACACAGAGUGAAGCCAGACUUCAGAGUCCCCCACUCCCCCCUUCAUCCCCCUACUGCCAGAUUGUGUUUCACUUCCACAUCAGUGCAGAGAGUGCUGGGUCACUCAGAGUGCUUAUGCAGCAAGCUGAGGGGGGUGAAGCAAUCCUGUGGUCACGCAGUCACAACACUGUCUCCCAUUGGACCCCAGAGUAUAUGCCUCUAGGUCUGCACCAGCAGCCUUAUAAGGUUUGGUUCAGUAACAUGAAUGAAGUGACUCAGACAGACACUACUGCUGGAGAUCACAUUGUUGCUGUGGAUGAUAUCUCUUUUCUAAACUGUGAAAAAUCAUACCAACCACCAGCUCUGUCUGCCUGGGGCUGUUCUUUUGAAGAUGGUCUUUGUGUCUGGGUUCAGGGGGCUGAAGAUGAGUUGGACUGGCUCAGCAGGUCUGGUCCCACAGAGACCCCCAACACCGGGCCUGCAGGAGACCACACUACCGGCAAAGGGAAAUACCUUUACAUCAAGAGUUCUCCACCAAGUCUGAAGGGAAAUAUGGCCCAACUGAAGUCUUCGCUGCUACCACCUGCUGGUGAAAAAGGAUACUGUUUCACAUUUUGGUACCACAUGUUCGGAGCUACUGCUGGCUCCUUGAGGAUGCUUCUACAAACAGCUAAUCCCUUGAAGAAAACAUUGGUGUGGCAAAAAUCAGGAAAUCAAGGGGAUGAGUGGCUGCUGGUUCAGAGCCACGUGACCUUGCAGAGAGUCCACCAAGUGAUUCUGGAGGCUACAGUGGGGGGAAUGGCAGGAGACAUAGCCAUCGAUGACAUGUCCCUCAUCAGUGGACCAUGUCCUGCCUCUGAUAUGUGUGAUUUUGAGGAGGGGAGCUGUAACUGGCAGCAGCAGACCACUGAUGACUUUGACUGGGUCAGACAGUCGGGCUCCGCCCACAACCCCAACACUGGACCAGACAGCGACCACACCACCAACACACCCAUGGGCCAUUACUACUACCUGUCCUCCUCUACUGCUGACUGCGCAGGGCAGACAGCUAAAAUGUCUUCACCACUGUAUCCUGCAGGCAAAGGAGCUUGUGUGCAGCUGUGGUACCACAUGUAUGGCAAAGGAAUGGGGAUGCUGAACAUUUACCAGCAGAGUGAAGAAGGGAAGCAAGCUCUGAUUUUCUCUCAGACAGGAGACCAGGGCCGGAUGUGGAGGUUUGCUCAGGCGUCACUUCUGCCACGGGUUCAGCCUUACAGGAUCGUGGUGGAAGGUGUGAAGGCUGGCCCCACCCAGGAGGGAGACAUGGCCUUUGAUGAUGUACAGCUGACAGACGCUCAGUGUCCUCCUCCUGGACAUUGUGACUUUGAGAGCAGCAUGUGUAGCUGGAGCAACCUAGGAGGAAGAGUCGACCAGGGAGAAUGGCUCCGCGGCCGAGGAGCCUCUCCAAACCCCAACACUGGACCCAGUGUUGACCACACCACCAACUCGACACACGGUUACUAUCUGUACGUGGACAGUUCAGUGGGCGAGUGGGGAGACAUGUCCUUCCUGAUCAGUGAUGUGUUCCAGCCGUCCACUAGAGGCCACUGUCUGACAUUCUGGUACCACAUGUAUGGCAACCACGUUGGGACUCUCAGAGUUUACAUAAAUGACAGAAAAAUGCAUACUGGUGGCAACGAAGAAGGGAUUCUGAAGUGGAUUGAUACAGUAAACAACGGAGACAAGUGGCAGGAGGCCAGGGUGUCUGUUAAACAUAAAGAAGCAUUCUGGUUUGUGUUUGUGUAUCAGAGGGGGAUGAAUACAGGUGGGGAUGUUGCUCUUGAUGAUAUCACCAUCCUCCCUGGCGGCUGCUACUCAGAGCCCACCAUUAACCCUCCUGAUGAUAAAUAUGACAUGUUGUCCGUAGGUCUGGCUGUUGGUCUGACUCUGCUGGCUGGAGUCAUCAUCUCCAUAUUCCUCUUUUUGCUGAACAGGAAAUAUAGUACAAUGAAUCAGCCGACAAUUAUGAAUAACGACCCAAUUGAAGAGAACUCUGCGUUUGACCUCUAUGAUUGCAAAAUAGAUGGCGCACAACAUGGAACUGAAUCUGACUUUUCCUUCUUCAACAAGCUGUACAAUCCGUCGCCAAAUGUAACUGACACCACAGUGGCUUCAUCUGAUGCUUAGUUCAGAUUAAUAACUCCAGUGAAACAAACACACCAUUUACCAGUUUGUAAAUUAUGCCUCUGCUCUUAGAGAUAUUUAAUUUCUAUUAAAACUGUUAGAAGAUGAAAUAUUGAUGUCAGUUUUGGUAUUUUGCUGAGAAAAAUUAAUUAAAGGAUGUAAUGACAGUUCAA